CGUCACUUCCUCUCAAGCGCCCUGGUCUCUAGGAGAGGUGACGGCGCAACUUCAAGAUGCGCAUCGAGAAGUGUUAUUUCUGUUCUGGGCCGGUGUACCCGGGGCACGGCAUGAUGUUUGUCCGCAACGACUGUAAGGUUUUCAGAUUUUGUAAAUCUAAAUGCCAUAAAAACUUUAAAAAGAAGCGCAAUCCUCGUAAGGUCAGAUGGACUAAAGCCUUCCGAAAGGCAGCUGGCAAAGAACUUACAGUGGAUAAUUCAUUUGAAUUUGAAAAACGUAGAAAUGAACCUGUCAAAUACCAGAGAGAGCUAUGGAAUAAAACAGUUGAUGCCAUGAAGAGAGUAGAAGAGAUCAAACAAAAACGUCAAGCUAAAUUUAUAAUGAACAGGUUAAAGAAGAGCAAAGAACUACAGAAAGUUCAGGCCAUCAACGAAGUCAAACAAAACAUCCACCUUAUCAGGGCACCUCUUGCAGGCAAAGGAAAACAAUUGGAAGAAAAAAUGGUGCUCAAAUUACAACAAGAUGUGGAGAUGGAAGAUGGUUCUUAGAAAUCUCAAAAUGGUUGCAACCUUCUCUUUGUAUUUCUCUAGAAAACCUCUUGCAGAGCCUUGGAACUCUUCUCCAUCAUUGAUUUAUUUUUCACAUUGAGUAAAAUGAGAGAUCAUUAAAAAUACAUCUCUUCCACAUUGUUAUCUGGAAACUGUCAAAUUAUGGGAAUGUUAGAGUGUGUAUUUCAAGGUUAAAGCUACAUUGGAUGGAUGCUCUUUUGUAAGUCGUGAAAGUGCUAUUUGUAAUUACAGAAGUGCAUAGAAAUAAAAUAGCUGUAUCAUUUGGAUAAUGACUUCCAGCAUUUAUCUGAUACUAUAAUUACAUUGUGCUUUAAGGUCACUGAUGUAUAAAAUAAAACAUUCCCUUUAUUGUCA